ACUAACCUCGCAUGUCUCUGAUCUUAACUCAUACAAAGGUGGUAUUUGUUGUUUCUGAUUAGCAACCAACAUGGUAGUUCAAAUCUGAUUUAAGAAUUACUAGUUUUAAUUUAUAAUAAUGUUGAACGGGUUUCUACGAUUGACAAAUCUUAGUUGUAGCAGCAAACAUAUUUGCAAAAAUGCGAUUUACCGAAAUUUGGUGACUCAAGCAAAAGCAUUAACAAUCCGAAACAAAAUUGUAAAUGAAGCUGAAAAAAUCGUCGGAUAUCCCACUUCAUUUUUGAGUCUUAGGUGGCUCUUGAAUGAUGAAAUUGCUAACAUUAUCUCACAUAUCAAAAGAUUGAUUGGAACAAACCACCCAUUGUUAGCAAGUGCUCGAGGUUUAUUAUUAGGCAAUGAGAUACCAACAUGGGGAUUAAUAGUUUUAUUAAUUUCAAAAGCGGGAGGAUUGCCCAAAGAUGUGUCUGAAAUUGAUAAAGAUAUAAUGGCGGGCAUUCUUCAUAGUCAACGAGUUUUGGCUGAAGUGACAGAAAUGAUACAUACUAGCAAUAUUUUACAUAACAGCAUUUUAAACAUCAGUCAAAAUAACCCUCAAUAUUCAGAUCUAAAUUUUGGGAACACAUUAAGUUUAUUGUCUGGAGAUUUUUUAUUGAGCUCCAGCUUUAAAGAAUUGGCCGGGUUGAAAAAUCAAGAGGUGAAUGAAUUAGUUUCAGCCUGUCUAAGAGAUCUGACGGAGGCAGCAUUUAUUGAGCCAAGGGAUGAGCAAAACAGGGCUUUACCGGCAAAACCUCUAAAAAUGCAAACCGACAUUGUUAUUCCUAAUGAAUUUGGCACCAAACCUUUAAAGAUUAAGGAUGUAUUGGGAAAUGCCAAAGCUGAAUGGACUCUAAGACACUUUUUAGGCACUGCUAGCUUGUUAGCCAAAUGCUGUCAAGGAGCUUUAAAACUGGCGGGUCAUUCUGAUAACUUUCAAAAAUUAGGCUACAUCUUUGGAAAGAAUAUGGCAUUGGCUUGGAAAGCCAAUGAGGAUUUAGAAGCAUUUCAACUUAACAAAGAUGGAAUCUUUGAUUUGGUGGCAGCGCCAGUCCUAUUUCACCUUCAACAUGACCCAGCCUUUUAUGAUGAGAUCUUGAAAGGCUCCCAAAAUAUUGAGGAUUGCGAUUACAAAAAAAUGAGAGAGAUGAUUCAUUGUGGACCUGCUUUAAAACUAACGCAAGACUUAAAACAAGAACUUGUUGAAAAUUCCAUAGAGGUUUUGCAGCAGUUUAGUGAUAGUGAUGCCAGAAGUGCCCUUAUUAAUAUUGUCAAGGUGUGGUAAUAUUUUAAUGAUAUCAUGGUUGAUAUGGUAAAAAAUAAUUUUUCAUUCAAUUCUAGUCAUUUGAAAGUGAUGGUACACUCAUAGUUAGUAUAGUAUUGUGAUGAAAAUGAUAACGGAUUCAAGACUCUUGAGAUGUAAAACCACCCAGUAAAAAGUUAAAAAAUGUCCCUUUUUUUGAAAUCUAAUCUAAAUCUUAGAUUAUCACAAAAGGGAAUUAUUAAUUUGCAUGGUUCAAAUAAGACAAGUUUUUUUACUAUAAAUGUAACAAACCAUUUAAUCGACCAUCACCAAAAAUAACUACAAUAAAAAAAUACAUAAAAUACAUAGAACAUAAGAUUUUUGUAUAUUGGAUAUCACAGAAUGGUUUCAGAAGUUUUUUUACAUACAAAUAUUAGUAAGAAUGAAUAAUAAACAUUCACAAGAGGGAAUGCACGUCUUUUC